AUGUCGUACCUUUCGAUAUCUGGGCUCGACCCCGAGGAGCAGGAUAACGCCCUACAUAAACUGCUGCAGGCGAGUUCGUCCACCGGCACUCCCCAACCCGACGGGGAUCCCUUCCAGGAGGCCGUGAGGCCAACAACCCCCCCUGAUGACGCCCGCCAUCCGAAUAGACCCUCUUCCGUGAAGCCCUUUUCAGCAGGGGUUCCUUCCGUGAAAUCCUCUUCUAUAGGAGCCUCUUCCGUGAAGCCCUCUUCUGCGCCUCUUCCUCCUUUAGCGGCCUUCCGCGCGGACCCCCCUGCCGCUGUCGACGCCCUCCCUGCCGUCGAAGAUCUCCUCCACGGGAAGCUGCGGCGGGCAUGGACGGAGGCACUCUGCCUGCGUGAGAUGACGCGCAUCCAACAGCUCAGCUGGGCGGCGGUGCUCGACCGCGAGCGCGACGUCAUCAUCCGCAGCGAGACCGGAAGCGGAAAGACACUCGCGUACGCGUUACCGACGUUGCAUCAGAUCCUGUGCGAGUGCGAUGCGAACCCGAUCCGGCGGGAUAUUGGGACCUUGGUGAUAGUGAUGUGCCCCACGCGGGAGCUGGUGAUUCAGGUGGAGAAUACCUUUCGCACGCUUCUCAAGUUCGCACAAUUCUUGACUGUUGGGGCGAUACACGGCGGGGAGAAUCGCCAUAAGGAGAAGUCGAGGCUUAGAAAGGGCAUCCCGUUGCUGAUCACGACCCCUGGCAGGUUGCUGGAUCACCUCAAGGCGACCGUCUCCUUUAACGUGUCGAAUGCGCGCACCCUCAUCAUGGAUGAGGCGGACCGCCUGUUGGAUUUGGGGUUCGAAAAGGCUAUCCGCGAGAUCGUCGAGCUCUUAGCGACGAAAUGCUCCAACGCGUCGGAGUUGAAGAGGGUUCUUGUUUCUGCCACCAUCACGGAGGGGGUGGAGCGGCUGUCGCACUUCGCGCUUCGACCCCGCAUCACGCGCGUUGGCGAAACGCAGGAUACGUUCACCAUUCCAGUGACGUUGCAGCAGAACUUCGUGGUGGUCCCCACCAAGCAUCGGCUGGCGGUUUUGGUAAGCUUUUUGAGGGCGCAGUUGGACGCGGGCACACAAAAGAUAGUUGUCUUUGUUUCAACGGCGGAUAGCACGGAAUUUUUGUUUUAUCUGCUCUCACGCCUAGAGUCGCCGUUUCUGAGGCGAAAUCACCAAGGCAAAACGGAGGUGCGCAGGAGCAACUCUAAGAAGUACAAGAAAAUGUUGGAAGCGGGAAAUCAGCACAUACACGAUCCAACUGAGGAGGUUAUCACCUUCGACGAAGACCGCGAUGACGACACGCAGGAGACGGAAAUGGAUCGGAAGUCGUCGCUACGAGCGAUGCUCGACGUGAACGUCUUUAAAUUGCACGGGAAUAUGUCGCAGGUGGACCGUGCUUCGGUGUUUCACGCCUUUAAGUACGGAAAUCCGGGAAUGAAAAACCAAAAAAGCGUGCUUUUCUGCACCGACGUCGCUGCCCGUGGGCUUGACAUGCCUCUCAUUGAUUGGAUUGUCCACUACGACCCUCCAACGGAUCCCGCUAGCUAUGUCCACCGGAUCGGGCGAACCGCUCGAAUAGGGAAAAGCGGCAACUCGAUUCUUUUCUUAGCACCUCAUGAGGUGGGCUACGCACGUUAUCUUGCCAAUUUCAUCGGCAGCGGUGCGCAGGAUGGGAAGCCUGCCGGCCUUGAGGAAGACAAGCCUCAUCCGAUGAGCGAAAAGAAGUAUGAGACUUACCUGUUUUAUCUCACAAAGCUGGAUCCCGGCUCGAAUCACAUGUGGAUACACUCCACCGCGAAGCUGGAAAGGGCCAUGACGUAUCUUGUGAUGCGGGAGCCCUCCAGUGAGGGGGAACACCGGGAGGAGAGGACGGAAAAUUUAUGCCGCCUCGCACUUUUUGCGUAUCAGUCAUACAUUCGUUCCUACGCCGGCAUACCGAAAGACCUCAAGCGCCAGUUUUUUUCGUCUUCCGAUCUUCACUUAGGCCAUCUAGCACAAAGUUUUGGAAUUGAGAAGAGCCCGACUGAGGUCCAGCGGCAGUUGCAAAGAUAUAUUCGCGAGGAUCGCGCCUUAGGGCGCAGGGCUCAAAAGCGGAUUGCCCCGACCGGGGGCAGCAACGGGGAGGGGGCGCAAGGCAAAGCCAAACGUGAACGCAUCGAGCUGGAGCACGAGGGUCGUUACCACAGCAUGCUUGCGCAGAAGCAGCGAAAGACAACGCGCGACUAUGAGGAGAAGCGCCGUGGGGAAAGCCUCCGAAUCAGACCUUUGCAAUUCACGGAGUUUGAUGCUUGA